AUGACGCUAUCCAGGCCUCGCUGUAAUGCAUUUCUCAUAUUUGUGCCAAGUGCAUCGAUAGCGGUUUUCGCAGUAGGGAUCCUCGGCUACACAGUGCUCAUUCCCCGAUUCGUUGGCUACAAUGUCAAUCAAAAAAUGCGUCUAAUCCGCGAGAACGAGGCUCUCGAAAGAUGGGCGAGCUACUCUGACCCCAUAAAUCUAUCGAUACAUCUCUUCAAUAUGACGAACAGCGAUGAGUUCAGGAGCUUAGGACCUACCAGAGUUGAGGAAGCCUAUGUCUACCUUGAGAAAAGAACAAAACGGGUUGAUUACAUGGAUGAGAAUGUGAUUUCCUACUCUGAGUACAACUAUUAUCGAUUCCUGCGAGAAUUUUCGUCUGGCGAUCCGAAGGAAGACAUUGUACACGCGCUCAAUGUUCCACUGGUUUCCGUUGCUGACUUCAUCGAGAAAACCUUCCACAAUUUUCCGUGGUUGGAGCCAGUUUUCCAGAGUGUCCUCCAUGCGCUCCCCUACAAGCAUGACGAGGAUAUCGCUGAGAGGCUCGCGAAGAAAGCCCUGUCGUUGCUAGAAUCCGACUCGCAUGAUCGUUUCGGACUCCUGCUCAACAAGAAAAGAUCGAUCUCAGACCAGUUCACUGUAGGCACGGGCGCCGGAGAUCUGCCCUUCACGAAAAUGAUCGAAUGGAAUGGCAAGACAGAACUGCCCUACUGGGGGAGCGAGCAAUGCAAUCAGAUCAAUGGCACCGACGGCUCCCAGUUUCCACCGAUCAAGGACAAAUUUGCUGCUGACCGACUGCGAAUUUUCUCGGCUGGAUGAUGCCGCUCCAUUCAUUCGGAGCAUGAAUCCGACUCAGAAGUCAAAAGCAUAGGAACGCAACGGUACACGGUGCCGGCAUCCCUGCAUCUCGAACGCUGA